CUGGUUUCGGACUUGGUUUGGAGCUGUUGGGAACUGUUGGACUGAGAUUGUGGUGGUGGUAAGCCGCGGUUCGUGAGGGGCCACGGCCCGGCGCCGGCCGCCGAUGGCUCCCGCACUGCUGCGGCCCUGUCUGCGGCGGCCCAUGCUGGCGCUGCUCUUCUGCCUGACGGCGGUGGUCAGCUUCAUCCUGGGCGUGUGCGUCAGCGUGGUCAUCCUCGAGCCGGACCGAGCGGCGCUGCGCUCGUCGGCCGCUCAGCGACAGGUCUCCGAUGGACCAGGGUAUAUGCUGGCGGUGCUGGUGUUGACGGCGCCGGACAACGCCGAGCGGCGGGCCGCCAUGCGCGCCACCUGGCUGCGGCCGCGCGGCGGUGCCAGCCCGCCGGCGCGCCACUGGUUCGUGUUGGGCGGCGCGAGCCUGCCGCCCGGCCAGCGCGUGCAGCUGGCGGCCGAGCAGGCGCGCCACGGCGACUUGCUGCUGCUGCCGGACGUGGCCGACGCCUACGGCCGGCUGACUGACAAGGUGUUGGCCGCCUUCGCCUGGCUGGCCGGCCACGCGCGGCACAGGUACGCGCUCAAGUGCGACGACGACACGUUCGCGCGGCUCGGCCCGCUGUUGGACGAGCUGGCGGCGGCGCCGCGCAGCCGCUUCUACCUGGGCUUCUUCGACGGCCGGGCGCGGCCGCAGCGCUCCGGCAAGUGGGCCGAGCCCGCCUGGGAUCUGUGCGACACCUACCUGCCGUACGCGCUCGGCGGCGGCUACGUCAUCUCCAGCGACCUGGUGGCGCACCUGGCGGCCAGCGCGCCGCUGCUGCGCCGCUUCGGUAGCGAGGACGUGUCGAUGGGCGCGUGGCUGGCGCCGCUGGACGUGACGCGCCGCCACGAGCCGCGCUUCGACACCGAGUACAUGUCGCGCGGCUGCGACAACCGCUACCUGGUGACGCACAAGCAGAGCGCCGCGCAGAUGGCCGAGAAGCAGCGGACGCUCGAGAGCCGCGGCGUGCUGUGCGAGCGGGAGCACCGCACGCGCAGCUCCUACAUUUACAACUGGACCGUGCCGGCCUCACACUGCUGCAAACGUACUGACGACCGGACCGUACCCUGAGGCGCCGUGCUUAUCACGGGGUCGCGGGCUCGAUUCUCGCGCUGGGAAACUUUCCACGAGGUGCGGGGACGAAAGAGGCAUGUGUAUUGAAUGCAGGGCGCGCGUUUCACGGCGAAGGGACAGGACCUUGUCCUGUGACCACCAGUGCCGUGGCCCUUGGCAUGGGUUGUGCGCCGAGCCCAUCUCGCGCCAGGCUUGGUCAGAAUGGUCGGGUAUUGUGUAGUCUGCAGUCUUUCGGGAUCCAGGUGGGAUGUGAGUCGCUGCCCGCGCCGCCACGUGAUUCGAACGUCAAGUAGUAUAAACGCCUAUGAUUCUGAAGAGGAGGCAAGGUAGUUUGAUAAGUCACAUUUUUAUCCCUUUGAAGAUGGUGGCAUUUCAUGUGAUAUUUUAUUAUGCGGUCGGUGCCGACUUGGUCAUUUUUAGUACCCGCCCGGAAACAUUAGCUGCUCCAGCGCCCGAGCGCAGUGGAUGUUUUCCUUGGGGUGUUGUGCCGUGAUUUCAGUGUGAGCCCCUUUACUUAGCAUCUAUAAAUAAUGUUCACUUUUUGUGAAUAUCCAUACAAACAGCAUCAACUGCAUCAUGUCCAUUGAAUGCCAGUCAUGUCAGGUGUUUGCGUUUGUAAACUGUCUGUCAAAUCAUGUCAAGUGUUUGUGAAAUCAUUCUGGUGUAGGUGCUUGCAUAUUACUGCUAGCACGAGCCGUUACAUUUUUCAGCCGAUGAUCCAAACUACCGUGAUUGGAAACCAGUGUGUGGGAAUUAGGAGGGGGGCGAGGGCUGACUCCAUCCAACUUCCUGAUUUUGAUACCGCCCCCAUGGAGGUUGUUUGGAAAAAAUGUCCAAGUGUGAUUCCCCCUCCCCCCUCCCACCGUUUACUUGGAAUAAAUUGCAUUGUCCCUGUAGGUGACACGCUGUCGUCCAGCUACUGAACGGCCCUGUCCGUGACCUAGCGCGUGUAUUACUAUAUCUGAUGUUGGUGUAUAGACUGAAGUGAAACAUUUCUGUGUCGCACUUUCGAAAAGUUGUGUUUUCUUGUAAACAAACUUUGGGACAUUUCCUUCCAAAAGGAUUUUCCCUCCCGCAAGUUGUCUCGGUGGAAAUGACAAUACAUUGUAGGUA